GUAAAGACAAUGUCGACAGCAACAGCAACUUGUCGCACUUUUCGACUGAUAUUAAUAUUGUUGAGUAUUUUGUCAGCGAGUAGCCAGGAAAAUAAUGCCAAUACACUGCUACUGAAUGAGAUACUUAGCUAUGUGGACGAGAGUGUCUCUGAGUGCGAUGAUUACUACAGAUACGCAUGUGGUAAGUGGACUGAAGUGCAUGAGAACGAUGACUUUGUGGACCCUUUGGGACUAAUUGAUCAAAAGGUUAAUGGGAAUCUGGUAAAGCUUAUGGCUGAGCUGCAGCAGAAGCAGCAGAGAAGUAAUGUGGAAGCCAAAAUGUUAAGCUUCUAUCAGACAUGUCGGCAGGCAGCGAAUUCGACACGUGCGAGCAAAGGUUAUCUGGAGCUGGUGCCACCAAAUGAGCAAAUACUCUGGCCGCAGUUCAAGCGCCGAUGGGAAGACUGGGAUAGCAGCAAAUUCCAGUGGAUGGAAACAUUGGCUCGCCUCAGACGCUACGGGCUGGCGAAUGUGCUCUUCGACCUGGAUCUGCAAACAGAAAACAACAGCAAAUACCUUGUUGUCAUUGAGAAGCCCAAACUCAAGACAGAAUCAACACAGCUACCGACUGAUCUUCAUGUCCUCAGCCAGAAGCUUCUCGUGCUGGGCGUUAACGAUAGAGAGACUUACUCUCUCGCUAGGCAGGUCACCAUGCUGGAGCAAGGUGUGCGUAAAUUGGUUUUGAAUUCACAAUCGAGUGAAACGGUUGGGGAGAUAACAGUGCACGAGCUGGAGCAGCAAACUGGCGGAGAUUGGCGAAAAUAUUUUGAAAUCUUGCUGAAUCGCACCGUGUCCGCUGACUUUGUGCUGCAAGUUCAGAAUGUGGCAUAUUUAAAGCAGCUAAACCGGACGCUCGCCAGGUGGAAUGCCGAGGUAUUAGCCAGCUACAUUAUGUUGCGCUUUGUCUCGUAUCUGGAGGAGGCGACCAUGGAUAGCAGAGAGCCCAUUGAUUGCGUUCAGGAAUUGAGACGCCACAUGUUACUAGCGACAAAUCUAAUUUAUGAGCAGCGAUUUAUUGGCCCGGACAAAUUGCGAAAGCUUCAAAGGGAUGUUUCGGAGCUGUUGGAGGUGCUGCGCCAGCAGUUCUACAAGAUGUUGAAGUUUAAUCAUCUGGGUCUGAAGAGUAAUCAACUGAAAUUGCUGCGGGACAAGAUGAAGAUGAUGAAACUCAGCUUUGGCAGUAUGCCGAUGCAUACAAAUCAUUCCAGCAUUGUGUCGAGUUUCUAUGAAGACUUGCAGCUGCUUGAGGAUCGUGACUAUGCCAAGAAUCUCUUGCGUUUGUUGGAGUUCGACACUCGUCGCCUGUUCGAGCAGCUGGAUAAGCCGCAUGAUUUCUUCUUACCGGACCCAAACAUGUCCAUGAUUUCGACACCGUUUUAUAUUAGAGAUCAGAAUACCAUCGUUAUGCCCUUUGGUGUACUCGAGGAGCCUUUUUUCCAGCCAGACGCACACGAUAUAUUCAAGACUACCUUGCUGGGCCACCUCAGCCACGAGCUGAUGCACGGCUUCGACUCAUCUGGACUGGACUACGAUAGAGACGGGAACUACAAUGCGCAGAUUCAUAAGAUCACAAGCCUACGGCUGCAUGAGGCGGGAAUAAGCUGUCUCAAUCAAUAUGAAACAGUGGGAAUGGAUGAACGUGAGGCGGACAUUGCUGGCAUUCGUCUGGCAUAUGACGCUUAUUUUGGCCCUGGCUCAAGAUUCAACCAGUCCCAGCCCAGUUUCACGAGCCUGUCUCUGAAGCAGCUCUUCUUCCUCAACUCCAUGCAAUACUUUUGCAACAAGGAACCGCUAAAUGAUGAUGAAGAACACGAUUCCGAUGAUAUCCGUGUCUAUCAAAUGCUGAUCAACUUACCAGCCUUUGCCGAGGCACACGGUUGCCGCCCCGAUGACGAUAAUAUGCAUCCUUCCGCAAAGUGUCGACUUUGGUGAAAUGCUGCAAAAUGUUGCCAUGUUUAUUCUAAAGAAAUAAAAUAAUAUCAUCAAUUUGGACGAGUUGAAUGGAAAGUAUUUUAUUAAUAUGCAGCCAGUUUGCACAAGAGUUAAGAUUUUGAAUAUUUUAUAUUUUGUGCAGGGGAUGCGGAUCUCUUCUCCAUCAAUAUAUAAUGAUUGAAAAACAACUGUAAAUAAUUUGCAUUUCUUUCGCGAUUGAGCUCAUUCAAACUCUACAAGUGAAUAAUUUAAUUAUUAUAUUUUCUUUCACUCGUUACUUAAAACUGUUAAUCCAAUUAAGUUGUAAAUUAUAAUUGCAUUUUGAUUUUUGUAUAAUUUUUGUUAAGCCAACGUCAUUAAAUAUAAUUUUGUAAUUA